AUCGGUACGACAGCAAGAAAACACCACAAGCAGUUCCGAUGUCGAUGCAAAUAUCUGCCCCUCCACAGGACCCUCGGCCGGACUCUCCGCAGGACUCUUCGCAGUACUCUCCGCAGAAGCCGGGUCCGCGGCAACCUAGUCGCAAGAAGUUUGCGGUCCCACCAGUGAAGCUGGCUUGUCUAUCAUGUCGAAAUUCGCAUUUGAGAUGUAACGGGUCGCAGCCUUGUUACCGCUGCGGCACACGAGGACUGCAAUGCUCCUACUCCCAGAGCCGCCGUGGAAUGCCGUCGCGGACCGCUCAGGACGAGGACGAACGCGAAACCCACGAUAGCGAGUGGGACCACAUCUCUCCAGAUUUUCAGCCCAGCGCCGAUGUCUUCCUCCCGCCCCUCGACGUUGCCAAUGGCUUGGACCAUUUCGAAUUCGACGGCACGCAAAGCGACGGGCUCGACGCCUUCUUCGCUUCCUUGUUUGCAACCCCGUCGUACCCGCAACCACCUCUAUCCAACCACUCUGAGCCGUCGUCCGCCACCAUUCAGCGCAACUUGCAUAUACUAAGAAAGUAUCAGUGCGAUUCUGAUGUUCUUGACGCAUAUUACCAUCUUAUUCAUCCAUCCUUCCCAAUACUUCCGAAAUUGUCGAAACCCGAUCGAGAAACAGACUCUACUCUAAUUCAACCAACAGCCAGCCUGUUCUCUGCAGAUGAAUCCUUUGCAGACUACCAACCAUCAUCGCCCCUCAUUUUGGCACUGUUGUCAAUUCUAGUGCUGCUUCCUGAUGCAGAUUACGCCCUUGAAGCAGAAGGUGUCAACCAGGACCUGCGUUUUCGGUUUUCGCAAUCCCUCGCCGAGUGUGCCUGCGAGAGCAUCGAGAUAUACACAAGCAGAGCCGACCUAGAUUCGCCGCCUCUUGACCCAGAUCGUUCCGACGUAUGGCUGCGCACUGAUUUCCCCGACAAGCUUCAGAUCCCGACAGCUCUAUGCAUAUUGAGCGUACAGGCUUAUCUUCAUGGUGGAAAUCUGCCAAAGAUGCUUCUUCAGGCUGAGAGAGCCCUGGACUACUGCAUGCAAAUGUCAUUGCACCAGUUUGUUGAGCAAGGUCCACAAGCAGAAGGCAUCAGAAGAACUUGGUGGAUGGCUUACUUAUGUUACUGCAAUGCUUGCAUUGUCAACUGCCAGGUACGUAUGGCAUUCUAUCCAACUUGGCAUAAAUCCAUGUAUGCGACUUCUGUGUACGGGUUCGUGUGCUGACUGCCGCCUGUCAAGCCCCCAAAACAACUCAACAGU